UUUGAACCCCCUAAAAGCAGCAAUCAUUAUUUAUUUAUUUAGAUUGUGGUGAGUUAUUAUUCCAUUCUCAACUCAAACCCGUGGCUGCACAAGUAAAGAAUCCAACUACUUUUUCCUUCUCCUUCUUCUUCUUCUUCGCUUAUUCUUCCUCUCCCUCUUCAGCUUUGAAGAGUCCACCUGCUCUAUACCUCAGCUCGUUCAAGAAUUUAACUACUGUUCACAUUUUGGAUUGACAACUUCAUAGGAGGAAACCUGCCAUUCAAACUAAACUUUACUUUCAGUUUCGUUUUUUCUAUUUUUAUGGCAAGUAAAAUAUAUAUAUAUGAAGGCUCCAAAAAGAUAACCACCAUGGAAUUGGAAUCCAUCUGCUAGUGUGGGUUCCACCAUACUAGCAACCACGUUUAAAAAUUCGUAUACUAGUAUUUUUUUUAUUGAAACGGGGCAUUAACUGAAAUGCCUAAGGUUAAUAUUUAAAGACAGCUUUGCAACUUGAAGGGGAAAGAAAAAGAAAAGAAAAAAAUCUUUGGGUUCAUGGCUGAAAAUUUGAUGACUAUAGUUAGAGGACAAUCUAUCUUGGAGCCACCACUUUUUGAUGGUAAAAAUUACAUUGAAUGGAAGGAACAUAUGGAGACAUUUACAAAGUCUUUGGACUUCAAACUUUGGCUUAUCAUUAAGAAUGGACCAAAUGUUCCAAAAAAGGUUGUAAAUGGAAUUGAAGAGGAAAAAUCGGAAGAUGAAUUUGAUGAUGAAGACAUGAAGAGUGUACAACAAGCCUCAAAAGCAAGACACAUCUUAUUAUGUGCUCUAAUAAACUCAGAUGUUUACAAAGAUAUCUUGCACUUCAAAACAGCCAAACAAAUAUGGGAUGAGCUUGAAAACAGGGAUAGAAUAAUUAACAAUGUGAACUCAUCGACUCCGCAAACAAAUCACGUGGAGCCUAAGUCUGAUCAACAUAAUGGUCCCAACUUUGUAUUUGUAGAUGAAACAGGAAAUCCAAAGAGUAAUGAUUUCUUCAGGCUGUGUGUUCCCCUUUACAAACAUGCACUAGAAGGUAACUGGGAAGAAGCAAAGAUGAUCAUAAAGAAAAAUGAGAGGUUGAAGAAUGCCGCCAUAGCAAGUGGAUGGCCUACAGUGUUACACAUAGCAGCAGGUGCAGGUGUGGAUGAAAAGCAUGUUCACUUUGUGCAACGACUGAUGGAGGAAUUUCUAGAUGAAGGAGACUUAUUAUUGCAAGAUCGCAAUGGAAACACUGCGUUUUUCUUUGCUGCUGCAUUUGGGAACAAGCAAGUUGUUGACUUGAUGCUGAAGAUGAAUCCAUCAGUGGCAAACGAUAGAGGUGUGAAAGGAGCCACCGCUGUUCACUUUGCUGCAUUGCAAGCAAGAUGUGAAAUGGCUUGGCAUUUGUAUGACAUAACAAAACCAACAUUCACAGAGGAUGAUUGGAACCAAUUGUUCUUCAAUUGUAUCAACACUGGCCUCUAUGGCUUAGCCUUAGAAAUGGCAGAAGCUAAACCAGAGCUAGCUUAUGCAAGGGAUUAUUAUCACAACGAGACAGCUUUGCAUCUCUUGGCUAAAAAUCAUUCGGAUUCUUGUUGCCAAAGUCCACACCAUCAAAGCCACACCAUCAUGAUCAACCCUGGCAUGAAGCAGGAAGUAGUUUAUCAAUUGGUCAAAAGCCUUUGGAGAACAAUUUGUAACAAUUUCACAGAGGAUGGGAUAAUUAAUAUCAUAAGCGAGCCAUGUCAACCAAUAUUUGCUGCUGCAGAAGUUGGUAAUUUUGGGUUCUUGUCAGAGCUUAUUAGUGGCUAUCCAAGCUUGAUAUGGGCAAGGGAUGAGAAAGAACAAACUAUAAUUCACAAAGCUGUCAAGUAUCGGCAGGCAAGCAUCUACAAUGUGAUACAUGAGAUUGGUUAUCAAAAGGAUAUUAUAGUGACUAUAGUAGACACCAGUGGUAAUACUCUCUUGCAUUUGGCUGCACAAAUAGCACCACCAAGCAGUCUUGAACUAGUUUCUGGAGCAGCUUUUCAAAUGUGCCUUGAGUUGGUAUGGUUCAAGGAAGUACAGAAGAUAAUGCCACCAUCGUUUAUAAAAUCAACAAACGCAGAAGGCUUAACUGCUGGAGAGUUAUUCACAAGGGAGCACACACAGUUGCGAAAAGAUGCAGAGUCUUGGAUGAAAAGCACAGCAGAGAAUUGUAUGCUGAUUGCAACCGUCAUUGCAACAGGGGUGUUUGCUGCUGCAAUAAGCAUACCAGGUGGUGUUGACGAUGCAAAAGGGAAACCAAACUACUUGAAAAAGCCAUCAUUUUUGGUGUUUGCAAUCUCAGAUGCAGCUGCAUUUAUCUCAUCAGCAGCUGCAAUAUUAAUAUUCUUGUCCAUUCUUGUUUCGCGUUAUGCUGAGUCUGAUUUCUAUAAGUCACUGCCCUUGAAGCUCAUAUUUGGAUUGCUGGCGUUGUUCUGCUCAAUAUCAAGCAUGAUGGUAGCAGUUGCAAGUGCCUUCUUCAUUACUUACUAUUAUGACUCAGAUUGGGUUCCUGGUUUUAUUUCUGCGUUUGUGUGUCUACCAAUACUUCUUUUCAUAAUUUUGCAGUUUAAAUUAUGGUAUGUGAUAAUGUAUUCAACGUUUUAUUGUAAGAAUCUGUUUAAGCCGGACAAAAAAAUGCUUUAUGUAUCGAAAAAUUAGAGAUGUAAAUUUAGGUGUA